UUGGUAAAAAAGUAGAAAAUGUCGGAAAGUGGUUGUGCAUUGUGUAAAUUUUUGUAAUUUUUCUUUAACAAUUGAUUAAUAGUAAUUAGUUAGAUUAAGUAAAAUUAAUUUGUAUUGUGUGAGUAGUAAAUUUAUCUAUUAGAUAAUUGUUUAGUCUUGAUUUAUAAUUCAUAAAGAUUCUGAAUUUACGAAGUGGCAGCGUGAAAAAUUACUAAGUUGUUUGUGUUGGUGCGGGUGACGGCUGACGAUCAAAUGGUUGAAAUGUGGUAAUUGCUACAAGUAAUAAAGAAUAGUCAGAAAACAGAAAAAAGCACAAGUUUAUCAUUAAAUAAGUGCGGACAUCGUCGUCGAGAUUCCUUUGGUACAUAUAGGGGUUGUUAAUUCCUAAAGUGGAAAAGUAUUUUCGUUACUUAUUUGUUACCCGUCAGAACACCUGAAAUUCUCAGAAACUGGUAAUUGGAUACCAAAAAUCGUAAAUUAUCGGAUAACGCCAGCCCACAAGAUGGCCGACUGUUAUUCGUAAGAUAAUGUCUGGUGCAUCUGGUUCAUCAGGCAGUGGAACUGGUCGAGGCAGAAGUGCAACAGACGGCAAACCAGACACGAAGGAGAACAAACCAAACCAUAAAAUGUCAAAGGCUCUCGGCACAUCGGCCAAGAGGAUUCAAAAGGAAUUGGCAGAAAUUACAUUGGACCCACCACCAAACUGCAGUGCAGGACCAAAAGGAGAUAAUUUGUAUGAAUGGGUGUCUACCAUCCUUGGGCCACCAGGCUCAGUGUAUGAAGGAGGAGUAUUCUUCCUAGACAUUCAUUUUUCACCAGAAUACCCGUUUAAGCCACCAAAGGUGACAUUCCGAACAAGGAUAUAUCAUUGUAACAUCAACAGUCAGGGAGUGAUAUGUUUAGACAUCCUGAAAGACAACUGGUCUCCAGCUCUAACAAUAUCCAAAGUAUUACUCUCAAUAUGUUCACUCCUAACUGACUGUAAUCCAGCGGAUCCUUUAGUUGGCAGUAUUGCAACACAAUAUAUACAGAAUAGGGAAGAGCACGACCGCAUCGCGCGCCUCUGGACAAAGCGUUACGCGACAUGAUUGUGUUACUACAAACAUGCUACAGUAAGAAAGGACACACAUACUCAACACCAUUCUGUACUAAAUCCAUCCUAUUUACCUAAAUGUAAGCUUAUGUUAUUGAUUAACGCGCCCUCUGUAUACAUGCAAAUGGAUCUUUGUCAUUUGCUAAAAUAUGUAAAGCAGUUUUUUUUUUCCUAAAAAAUUACUGAUCAUUGCAUUUGAUGAUUAUUAUGUACAAAAUUCCAAUUCUUAUUUAAGAAUAAUUUGGUAUUAUGUAUAUCAUUUGAUUGAAAUACAGUAUGUUACAUAGCUGUAAUGCAGAGUGCGCUUAAUGGCUUAUUUGUAAAUUUAGUUGCAAUUAAUGUGAUGUCACGCUUGAGACGACAGUCUGAAUUGUAUAAUUUUAGUUACGAAUUAAUUUUAGUUUAAACAAACGUUUUUCGUUAAUUAUACUAUUACUGUAUUAUGUAAAAAUGCAGACUAAAAAAUGUAAACAUAGGUUUAAACCAGUGAAUUGAGUCAAUUUUACCGCUCAACGCGAUGAUCUCAUGCGCUCAUCAACUGUUACUACUUAUUCAUAAGUAUGUCUUAUAUUGCGAUUGAUGUGAUGGCACAACUUGGAAAAAUAAAUCGCAUACUCCAAUGAAAUUGCUUAUGAUUUUUCAAUUUUGAAUGAAUGGUACAGAAAGUUAUUACAAACUUUUUAUUUUAAUUUAUUGAGCAGAAUUGCUACUUUAAAUGUAGAUCUGAUACUUAAGGGCUCCCAUGCACUAGGAAGACAUGCGUUAAAAAGCCGUUGCCGAUAUUUAAUGGAAGAGUGAAUUGUGUAAUUUUUAUUCUGUAAGAAAUUCCAAGUAAAGUGAAUAUUUAAUUCAUACUCGCUUUGCUUAAAUUUCGACUAAUGAUAGUCAUCAUCCUGCAGCUACUACAUGUAAAAAUAUUUUUUAUAUGUAAGGAUUUUAAAACUGAUUACUCUUAACUCUGAAUAACGAGUAUUCGAGAUAUAACAGUACAGAUAUGUGAGAUAGCAGGUUUAUUUAUAUAAUACGAUGUUGACAA